UUUUUGCCAAAAAAUCUGAAAACACAACUCAUGGUCAGUGACAAGUUGACAACUGAGUUUAAUCUUAAGUGCCAUCAGAUCCUGUUGUGGUACCGUUACCGUAUACUGGGAUUACCUGCCAUAAAAAAUCUGGGAUUUUUGUGCUUAGAUAAAAUUCUGAUAUUCCGACCAUAAUGUUACCUGGCAGUGCGCAGAGUCUUGUUUUAGGAAUUGAUAUCGGCACCACCUCUGCGAAAAUCUGCCUCGUUGAUUUGUUUUCCCAAGAAGUCGUGUUCGAGAAGGCAGCAGAAACUGGCAGUGAUAUUGUUCCAACCCCACAGAAAGAAACAACAGACGCAGCUGAUAAAGGUGCAGACUGCAGUCUGCAAUUUUUAAGUGAACAGUCAGUCCCAAAAAUCUGGCACACUGUAAACUCUUUACUGGAUUCCGUCAAGGAAGAAUGGCUCAAACUCGUUGUGGCCAUCGGGAUCUGUGGGCAACAGCAUGGCAUCGUGUUAUGGAAUUCGGAUGCCUGUAGACGAGAGUCACUUGAAUCAGAUUUGCAGAAGCCCGGUGCCAUCUCGCACUUAAUCACAUGGCAGGAUCAAAGGUGUUCAACGGGUUUUUUGGAAUCCCUUCCGGUCCCGGAGCCCGAACAAGUCUUGGCCACCGGUUAUGGAUGCUGUUCGUUAUUAUGGUUUGUCAGAAAUGAUCCGGAAUUCUUGAGAGGAUAUGAUACAGCAGGAAGUGUUAUGGACUUUUUUGUUUGGAUGCUGUGCGAUAUAACCAAGCCGGUUAUGUCGCCCCAAAAUGCCGAAGCCUGGGGAUAUUUUAAUCGUAAGAAAAAUGAAUGGAAUACCGCUAUUUUAAAGGAAGCUGGAGCCCCCGUUUUCCUUUUGCCCGACAUUCAACAUUCCAGUCAGUUUUUCGCCGGUACAUUGCGAAUGCCUUGGAAAAGUAUCCGGAAAGAUGUUCCAGUAUCCGUUGGGAUGGGUGAUCUGCAGUGUUCUUUUGUGGCCUCGUUGGAAAACGAGAAUGAUGCUAUCCUUAACUUCAGUACUUCAUCGCAGUUGACCUUUAUUCAUAAUUCCGUCAGUGCGUCUCCACCGGCAUCAUGUGACGUUCGCAGCUAUUUUUAUGAGAGACAUCUUCUGUGUGCUCCAUCAUUAAACGGUGGAAAUGCUCUGCAGUUGUUUGCCUCUAUGGUGACAAAUUGGGCGAAAUCUUUUGGUAUUACACUGACGAUGGAAGAUGUGUGGAAGGUUUUCAAAGAGGAAGGCAACAGCGUCGACUGGUCACUCUCAAAUGAUCCUCACAUCAGCCCAAGGCCAUUUGGUGAACGUUACGACACAAAGACGCUAGCCUCUGUCACGCAGAUUGGGACUGGAAACUGCAAUAUUGGAGCUGUGGUGCGCGGUAUUUUGCGUGGCAUUAUUAGCAAUCUGGAAGUCAUGAUUCCAAAACAUGUGGUACAUCAGUGCGGGAUCAACCGGAUCGUGCUAACCGGAUCGUUAUUUCGGACAUUUCCGCAGUUGAAAACAUUCGUUAGCAGUGUUUUUGAAUUGCCGACUGCCGAGAAAACAACCGGAAAGGAUGCAGCUUUUGGAGCCGCAUACAUUACUGCGAAAAUGGUCCCGAGUUGAGGAGUGACUUUCUCUCCCACAGUAUCAAGGCUUUUGAAACCGAAGUCAGCAACUUUAUCAAUGGGUCAUCAAAAAUCAGAUCAUAUUGUUUUCCGGCGUUUUAAAAUCGCUCUGAUGAUUUUCAGUGUUCGCGAGCGAGCAGUGCUUACCGUUAGUAUUUUUGUUCAUUACCACUGCGAAGCAAGACUUCGGAAACACUUAGCAUUAGUCCUGCUUAACCUUAACGAAAAAAUUAUCAAGACUGAAUGGGGAAGCACUGCUUUCGCAUUCCCCAGUCUUGAUAAUUUUGUUUUGUUACAUUCAUAUUCAAGAUUGCACAAUUCUGCUUUUGACUUAGCUUAAAUCUUUUUAAAAUACCGUUGUUUUUCAACUUGGUUGUCAAAUUGUUUUAUUUAUGUUGGUUACCUUAAUCAAGAUAAAAGCAGAAGUUCGCAACCUUUACUC